UAUACAUAUAUAAUAAGAGGGAUCCACAACUUGCCUUUAACCAACAACAAAGACAUUUGAGAAAUCAUUUGUUUACAGGAAAGCUCGAUUUCUUUUCCCAAGUUUUAUUACAAAAUUACAAUGGCUCGUACUAAGCAAACUGCACGUAAAUCCACCGGUGGUAAGGCUCCCCGUAAGCAACUUGCCUCCAAGGCCGCCCGUAAGGCCGCUCCCGCAACUGGUGGUGUCAAGAAGCCUCAUCGUUAUCGCCCUGGUACCGUCGCUCUUCGUGAAAUUCGUCGUUACCAAAAGUCCACUGAAUUGUUGAUCCGUAAGCUUCCUUUCCAACGUUUGGUUCGUGAAAUUGCUCAAGACUUCAAGACCGACUUGCGUUUCCAAUCCUCUGCUGUUGGUGCUCUUCAAGAAGCCGUCGAAGCUUACCUUGUCUCUCUCUUCGAAGAUACCAAUUUGUGUGCUAUCCACGGUAAGCGUGUUACCAUUCAACCCAAGGAUAUGCAAUUGGCCCGUCGUCUUCGCGGUGAACGCGCCUAAGUACCAUAUUUGCUGAUGAUUGUUUUCGCCGUUGCUUCCAUAGUGAUUGUGUGUUAAGAAUCUAUAAUAUGUUGGUAUGAGGUUGGGUAUUGGUGUCUACGUGUGAGUGAAUGAAAGAAAAGCGGAAGUUAUGAAAAGAAGAAUUGGGUCGGGACUUGCUGUUUCUCAUGCUUCUUUUGUUCUGUUUUGUCAUAAAGCCUAACGUUUUCUGUAUUUAUGGGACAGGGUGCCUCACAACUGUUUAUCAAUUGUUCAUGUAUAUUAAUGAGUUGAAACAACAACAAUAAUAAUAAUUAAUUUUGUAUUCUCCCAA